AUGCCACAAUCGGCACAGAUUAACGAGCCGCCGACCGUAAGAACUAUUUACUCGCAAGUAAUCGGCAGUCCUGGAACUUUCGACCAGGACACGAAUGUAAAAAUAUAUUUCGCCCGGCUAAAAAAUUUUUUUGCGGCAAACGGAAUCACGCAAGAAAGUAAGAAGAGGGCAAUUUUGCUAACAUCGAUUUCAGAGGAAGCGCAUAAAACUCUGUUCAGUUUGUGUUUACCAGAGGACCCCGACAAUAAGACUUUCGAGUCAUUAUCGGACAUACUACAAAAACACUAUGAGCCGAAAAAGUCGUAUUUCGCCGCUCGUCACCAGUUUUACUUAGCUCGUAAGAAUCACGAAGAAAGUGUGUCCCAGUGGGGUGCCCGCGUACGUGAACUCGCUUCGAAAUGCAGUUUCGGGCCAGAGCUGGAGAUAGUAGUGAGGGACAUAUUUGUCGUCGGAAUGGGUUCCGGAAAAAUCCAGGAUCGGUUACUGGAAGAAGACGCGUCAGCAGCAUCAACCACUUUAGGAAAAUUGAUGGAAGUGGCAACCACCAGAGAGGCCAACAUCAACGCAAGCAAAGAGUGGUCGAAGGAAACGUCCGGGGCGUUCCAUUUUACCAAGCAGGAAGGAUUUCUAACACAGACGACACCAAAGCGGACAAGUGGACGGGGCCAAGCCAUCGGGAAAGAGAAGUGCCAGGUAUGCGGCCGUUCCAAUCACGACACCGGACUAUGCAGGUUCAAAAAUUAUUCAUGUAACACAUGCGGGGUGGUGGGUCAUUUGGCACCCAUGUGCAAAAAUAGAGGUACUAAGCACAAGUCGCAAAAUAAGUUUUUGACAGAAAAUGAGCGGCCAGGCGAUCACGAAUCUAGCGUAGAAUUAAUUGAUUCUUUUUUUGCAAUUAACGAUAUUUCCCGAGAUAAGCUUAAAGUAGCUCCGUACCGCGUAAAGUUAAUCAUUGGAGGUAGACCUAUAGCAUUCGAAAUCGAUACCGGUUCGGUGCAUAGUAUUAUUUCCGAGUCGACGUUUAAAGCGCUAAUAGGUCCAAAGGUAAUCGUAACUAACGACGUGGAGUUGUCAGAUUACGUUGGUAAUAGAAUUACACCGAUAGGCAAGGUAGCGCUCACGGUCACGCACAACGAUAAAACAAUCGGAAUAUGGGUAUAUAUAGUGCCAAACGGAGGACCGCCAAUACUAGGUAGGAACGACAUAGCAGCGCUCGGUAUUAAAAACGUGUUCGAAUGUAAGUUUACCGGCGCAGAGGAUAGCGUUAAAACAAUUUUAAAAAAGUAUCCUAAUGUAUUCAGCGAAGAGCUAGGGACAUUUAAAGGGUACAAAAUAUCCCUAACAACAAGGCCGGGGACCACGCCGAAAUUCUUUAAACACCGACCAGUCCCCCUAGCGCUAAGAACAAAAGUCGAGGCUGAAAUAGAUCGGUUGUUGGCCAUCAACGCUCUGAUACCGGUCGACCACAGCGAGUGGGCAACUCCUGUAGUUCCAAUUUUGAAAGAGGACGGUAGCGUCAGAUUAUGCGGAGAUUUUAAAAUAACCGUAAACCCCGUAUUAGUCAGUACAGAAUAUCCCCUACCAAAAAUCGAACACCUUUACGCCAGAAUAGCGGGAGCGAAGUUUUUCUCAAAAAUAGACUUGAAAGAUGCCUAUCAGCAGUUGGUACUCGACGAUAGUUCACGCGCAUUAACGACAAUAAAUACGAUAAAAGGUUUAUUCAGGUACACGCGCGUUCCAUUUGGGCUGAAAUCAUCGGCUAGCGAGUUUCAGAAAGCGAUCGAAAGUAUCACAAAAAAGGUUGAGGGGGUCGAGGUAUUCAUUGACGAUAUAAUAGUAUCAGGUAAGACGAUGCCCGAACAUAACAUACGUUUAGAACAACUUCUAAAAGCACUCGGCUCAGCAGGGCUGAGAGUAAGAGAGCGUAAGUGUACCUUUAUGCAGACGGAAGUAGAAUAUUUAGGUCAUAAAAUAGAUGGACAGGGUUUGCAUACAUUAGACAAACACAUAAUCGCGAUUAAGGAGGCAGCGGCGCCCCAAGACAGGUCGGAAUUAAAAAGUUUUCUAGGGUUGGUAACAUAUUACACUAAGUUUGUGAAAAAUGCGGCACGGAUACUAAAACCGUUGUACGACCUUUUAAAAACGGGGGCGAAAUGGUCAUGGUCUAAAGAAGCGGACGAGGCGUUCGAUAACAUUAAAUCAAUAUUAUCAUCCAAACCCGUACUCGACCACUAUGAUCCGUCGGUGCCGAUUAAACUAAUGGUAGACGCGUCAUCAUUUGCUAUCGGCGCGGUUAUAUCACAGGUAUACGGCAACGCCGAAAAACCAGUAGCCUAUGCAUCGCGUGUCUUAUCAGAAGCGGAACGCAAAUACCCGCAGAUUGAAAAAGAGGGUUUAGCGAUAAUAUACGGUGUUCAAAAAUUCUACGACUACCUGUACGCACGAAAAUUUACUUUAAUCACCGACCAUAAACCACUCUACCACAUUUUCGGGGAAAAGAAAGGUAUACCAAUUUACGCGGCUAAUAGACUACAGAGGUGGGCGUACGUACUCACAGCAUUCGACUUCGAUAUUUCGUUCGUUAAAUCAGGGAAAAACGCAGCGGAUUUCUUAUCGCGCGUAAGAAUAGGCACAGCAGACAGAGUGUCUACGGCGCCGCAGUGUCUAAACUUUAUAUACGACAACUGUCCGUUUAACGUUAAUUGGGUCAAAAUAAAAACACAAACACGAACCGAUAAAAUCUUAUCGCAGGUAAUUAAGGCCAUCAACACAGGCGAAUGGCCAACAGGCGCGGAUAAAAAUGAAUCGCUUAAAUCAUAUUACACGCGACGCCAUGAAAUUUCAACCGAACAGGACUGUUUGAUGUGGGGGUACAGGGUAAUUAUGCCUAGUAAAUUCAGGGAGGCCCUGUUGACAGAAUUGCACUCUACGCACGCGGGAAUGAGCUGCAUGAAGGCGAUCGCGCGUUCGUAUUUUUGGUGGCCGGGGAUCGACAAUGAUAUUGAAAACACGGCGCGCAAUUGCGAAAAUUGUAUACAGGUUAGACCCGCACCACCAAAAGCAGUGCUAACGCCAUGGAAGUGGCCGGAACAAGUGUGGACGCGCGUACACGUAGACUUUUUAGGGCCUUACAAAAAUAAAAUUUUUUUAAUAGUAGUCGACGCGACUUCAAAAUGGCUCGAAGUGUUCGAGGUAAGCACGAGUACGGCGUCAGUGGUAAUCGUAAAAAUGCAGGAACUUUUUGCUCGUUUCGGGGUCCCCAAGUCUAUUACCACCGAUGGAGCCAAGUGUUUCACAGGUACGGAAUUUAAUACGUUCUGCGUUAACGGGAACAUAAAACACUUGGUGGGAGCUCCAUUCCACCCGGAAACAAACGGGGCAGCCGAAUCAGGGGUUAAAAUAGUGAAAAACUUCUUUAAAAAAAAUCAAACAACCAGCGCGACGCUAAUACAGAAAUUCCUAUUACUUUACCGCAAUACACCGCACUCGGCAACGCGCCAGACACCGGCAAAAUUAUUACUAGGACGUAGCACCCGUACACAGUUCGAUAUGUUGAUUCCCAGUACAAAGGACGUGGUUAGUGAUCACCAGGAUUCACAAAUCAAACGUCACGGUAAACGACAGCACGAAAUCCAACAGGGAGACACAGUGGCCGUGCGUGAUUAUCGGACGAGUGAAAACAAGUGGUCGAUAGGGACUGUUACGAAAAAUGUGGGAAAACAAGCGUUUGAGGUGGAUACUGAGGCGGGCACUUGGAAGCGACACAUAGAUCAGACCAUUAAAAUACCAAAUAGGGACUCAGGAGUGUUGGAAGCCGAAUGUAGCGUAAACCCACCCGACCCAAGGGGGGAAAUAAUUCCAGAGGGGACAGGGAAAGAUACAGACGGGCCAGACAGGGAACCCGAGACAAUCUCAACCGGAGGUGCACGCCCGACUAGAAUGAAAAGAUCGCCCGACCGCUAUUCAACAGUAGAUUUUAGGAAAUAA